AUGCUUUCUUCCAAGCUCACUUUGAACAACAUCUCUGAGGAGGAGAUCAAGGGCAAGAGAGUCCUCAUGCGCGUUGACUUCAACGUCCCCAUCAAGGAGGGUCGUGUUGCUGACAAGACCCGUAUUGUCAAGACCAUCCCAACCAUCAAGCGCGUCAUGGAAAUGGGUGCCCAGAGCAUCGUCCUUAUGAGUCAUUUGGGCAGGCCCCAAGGUCAGAGAAAGGAGGAGUUCUCUCUCGCCCCUGUUGUCCCUGUUCUCGCCGGUCUAUUGGAGCACGAGGUUACCUUCGUCCCCGACUGUGUUGGUGAUGUCGCUAUCAAGGCAUGUGCCGCCCCUGCUCAGGGAAGUAUCAUUCUUCUCGAGAACCUCCGAUUCCACAUUGAGGAGGAGGGCAAGGGUGUCAAUGCUAACGGCGAGAAGGUCAAGGCUGCUGCUGAGGAUGUUGCCGCCUUCAGAGCUGAUCUCACUAAGCUCGGUGACGUGUUCGUGAACGACGCCUUCGGAACUGCCCAUCGGGCUCAUUCCUCCAUGGUCGGCGUUCAGCUGCCCGUCCGUGUUGCCGGUCUGUUGAUGGCCAAGGAGCUCGAGUACUUCGGCAAGGCUCUUGAGAACCCUGCUCGUCCCGUUCUCAGCAUUCUCGGUGGUGCCAAGGUCGCUGAUAAGAUCCAGCUCAUCAACAACAUGCUCGACAAGGUCGAUCUUAUGAUUAUUGGUGGUGGCAUGGCCUUCACUUUCGCCAAGACCCUCUACGGUACCAGAAUCGGUGGCUCCUUGUACGACGCUGAAGGUGCCAAGAUCGUCCCUGAGUUGAUGGAGAAGGCCAAGGCUAAGGGUGUUGAGAUCCUUCUCCCCACUGAUUGGCUCUGUGCUGAUGCCUUCUCUAAUGAUGCUAACACUAAGGUGUGCACUCAAGAGGAAGGUAUCGAUGAUAAGUGGAUGGGUCUCGAUGUCGGUCCGGAGUCCACCAAGCGCAGCAUUGAAAUGGUCAAGAAGGCCAAGACCAUCGUUUGGAACGGUCCCCAGGGCGUCUUCGAGUUCCCCAAAUUCGCCACUGGUUCUCUCGCCGUUUUGGAUGCUGUUUGCGAGGCCACCAAGGAGGGUGCAAUCUCUAUCAUCGGAGGUGGUGAUACUGCCGCUAUGGUUGAGCAGGCCGGCAAGGCUUCUAAGAUCUCUCAUGUCAGCACUGGCGGCGGAGCCUCUCUUGAGUUGCUCGAGGGUAAGGAGCUUCCUGGUGUUGUUGCUCUUAGCGGUAAGAACUAA